CGCUGGGCUGGGCGCUCGCCGAGGCUCGUUGCUGUGGGGACUCGCCUGUCAUGGAGGAGCUGGCUGGGGCGCGGGGCGCGGCGGAGGCUUCCCGGUGAAGGCGGCUCCGAGCAGAGGGAGCCGGCGGGGCGCCCGCGCCUGGGGAAGAUUGCUGAGCACAGUCUGUGUAAUUGUUAGGACCUAAUUCAGUUAAUCAAUCUUCAUGUUUGUUCACAGAGAUAACACAGAUCUAAGAAAAGGGUGUGGGUCUUCUGUCUGGACUCUGUAGUUCCAGUAGUCCCAUUAUCUGUUUCGCUGAAGGAUAACAGGGGCACAGACUAAAUGGAUCUAAAGACAGCAGUGUUCAAUGCAGCUCGUGAUGGCAAACUGCGGCUCCUUGCAAAGUUACUGGCAAACAAAACUAAAGAAGAGGUGACCUUGCUGAUGUCUGAAAAAAUUAGUGGUGCUACACCACUUUUGAUGGCAGCCCGUUAUGGACACCUUGAUAUGGUGGAAUACUUGCUGGAGCAUUGCUGUGCUUCUAUAGAAAUUGGUGGCUCAGUGAAUUUUGAUGGUGAGACCAUCGAGGGGGCUCCUCCAUUAUGGGCAGCUUCUGCUGCUGGUCAUUUGAAGGUAGUCCAAUGUCUGUUAGAUCAUGGAGCAUCUGUCAACAACACAACACUGACAAAUUCAACCCCACUUAGGGCAGCCUGUUUUGAUGGGCACCUGGAAAUAGUAAAGUACCUUGUGGAGCAUAAAGCUGAUUUGGAAGUAUCAAACCGACAUGGGCAUACGUGCCUGAUGAUCUCAUGUUACAAAGGACACAAAGAAAUUGCUCAAUAUUUGCUUGAAAAAGGUGCUGAUGUUAAUAGAAAAAGUGUUAAAGGAAAUACUGCAUUACAUGACUGUGCAGAAUCUGGAAGCUUGGACAUCAUGAAGAUGCUUCUUAAAUACUGUGCAAAGAUGGAAAAAGAUGGCUAUGGAAUGACUCCUCUUCUGUCAGCCAGUGUGACAGGUCAUACAAAUAUUGUGGACUUCCUGACACAGCAUGUACAGACCAGUAAGGCAGAACGUAUUAAUGCUUUGGAGCUUUUAGGAGCAACAUUUGUGGACAAAAAAAGAGAUCUGCUUGGUGCUUUGAAAUACUGGAAAAGAGCUAUGGACAUGAGGUACAGUGACAGGACUAAUAUCCUCAGCAAACCGGUGCCACAAACACUAAUUAUGGCUUAUGACUAUGCCAAGGAGGUGAAUAGUGCAGAAGAGCUGGAAAACCUUAUUGCAGACCCUGAUGAGAUGAGAAUGCAAGCGCUCUUAAUUAGAGAACGUAUUCUUGGUCCUUCUCACCCAGAUACAUCUUAUUAUAUUAGGUACAGAGGUGCCGUCUAUGCAGACUCUGGAAAUUUUAAACGAUGCAUCAACCUAUGGAAAUAUGCUUUGGACAUGCAGCAAAGCAAUUUAGAUCCCCUGAGCCCUAUGACAGCCAGCAGUUUACUAUCAUUUGCUGAACUCUUUUCCUUCAUGCUACAGGAUAGGGCAAAAGGCCUUCUAGGCACCACUGUUACAUUUGAUGAUCUUAUGGGAAUACUGUGCAAAAGUGUCCUCGAAAUAGAUCGGGCUAUCAAACAAACUCAGUGUCCACCUGACCAAAUACAGCUGAACAAAGCUCUUUCUAUCAUUUUGCAUUUAAUUUGCUUGCUGGAAAAAGUUCCUUGCAGUCCAGAACAAGACCAUUUUAAAAAGCAGACUAUUUACAGGUUUCUUAAACUGCAGCCUAGAGGAAAGAAUAACUUCAGCCCACUUCAUCUUGCUGUUGAUAAGAAUACUACAUGUGUGGGUCGUUACCCUGUUUGCAAAUUCCCCUCUUUACAAGUUACUGCUAUACUGGUGGAAUGUGGUGCUGAUGUAAAUGUCAGAGACUCUGAUGAUAACAGCCCCUUGCACAUUGCUGCACUGAACAACCAUCCAGACAUCAUGAAUCUUCUUAUCAAGUCAGGUUCACACUUUGACACCACAAACCUGCAUAAACAAACUGCUAGUGACUUGCUGGAUGAGAAGGAAAUGGCAAAAAAUUUGAUCCAGCCCAUAAAUCAUACUACAUUGCAAUGUCUUGCUGCUCGUGUUAUAGUGAAUCAUAGCAUAUGUUAUAAAGGGCACGUCCCUGAAAAGCUAGAGGACUUUGUGUUGCUCCAUAGAUGAUAGUGUGACAACUGUUGAAGCACGAGUUGGUGACAUUGCUUUCUAAAGCACUGUUGUGAUACACCAGCGUUCAUUUAGCUUGACCUAUUGUGUUCUCAUUGGCUAAAGAAUCAUUAGCAUCAGAUCUGCAGAAUUGGCUACCCAGUAUUUAAUAUGAAUAUGCCAUAUAAUCUAUUUUGUGGAUUAUUUAGAAAUGUAAUGCCAUAUUUAGACUCUCUCUUAAAAUUGUCUGCCAAAGGCUUGUCUACUCUGGUUUUAUUUGCCUGUUGGGUGUUUGGGACUGAGAUUAAUAUUUUUCACUGGUGUCUUUUUACUAUUACUGGUAUGUGGAUUUUAUACAGUUGGAAGGUCACCUUUUUUUGUUUUUGCUUGUGCAUUUGUACUCAAAUUCUGUUUUUUUUUCUAUGAACUCAUUGCUAAACUGAACAAGUUGUAUGGACUUGUUAACAUUUGCAAUUACCAUAAGUGCUUUAUCUUCUCUAUGCACUGGCUUAAACAUGACUGUUGUGUGUUAGCAUAUUUCUAUGCAGCAGUUGGCCAACUUCAGCUCAAACAGCAUUUUUUUUGCAGUUUUAUGGAGCUUUUUCUGAGAACACUUCCUUCACAGCAUGACAAUUUUUGGAGCUACCUGUCAAUUGUCCAAACUUUUUGGGUUGACUUCUAUUCUAGCUGUAUCUGAGGUUGCUUUCUCUUAGUCCUCUGGAAAUAUGUGCUAAAUUUGGGGAAAAAUCUAUUCUUGUUGUCUUGGUAACACAGUUGAAAUUUAAGUCUGUCAUUCUGAUGCAUCAUGCAGCAAAGGGAAGAGUCUUUAUCAUGUACAUCUGACUUUUUCCCGCUGCACUAAUGUCUUGUUUGUGCUGAUUGUGUGACUAGAUGUAGAGAGUUUGCUCAAAUUUUUAACCUCAAACUUAAUAAUACACUUGAAUAAGAAAUAAAUUGAAUGUAUGCAGUAGUUUGAAAUUACAAGUCAACUUCCUUACCUACAAAAGGAACUAAAGCAUGUUGGUGGCAUGAUACUUGUCAAACCAGGUUUAGACAUAUAGUAUAAUUAUAUUACCUUGGCAGAGAGCCACUCAUAAUGUAUCAAAAAUUCCAUAGCAGUGCCCCUUUCCUUCAUUUUAAAUAUACCCUUUUAGAUAAUUUGCAUGCAUUUUUCACCUCUCGUAUUGUCAGCCAUACUUUAAACACCAGAGGUUGUGGUGUGUACAUAGCUUCUAUUGAAAGUUACCUAUUUUUAUAAUAUUUGCACAACAGCUUAGCUAUCUCAGCAGAAAGGGCUCUUUCAACUUGAUUAGAAAUCUGCAAGUGAAGAUUCUAAAUGAGUAAGAUUCAGGUAAUUAAUAUAAUUCAGCACUUUAUUGUUGAUUCAGAGUAAAACUUAUUCUGGCACAUUAGCCCUACAAAUGUCUUUAAAAUGUUCUCAAGAGAAAAAAUUAUUUUGGGUUGAGUAGAGUACAACUUACUGCCAAUUCAAUGGUCAAGCACGGUGGAUGUCAUUUGACUUGGCAUUUCUUUUCAGUGAUGGUCAGUAACCAUACUUAAUGGUUUUUUUAACUCCAGAAAUUCAGUGGGUUUAUCUAGACUUUCAUCAGAUUAUGAACUUGCAAAGAUAAUAGCAGAGGAAUUUCAAAAGCCAAAUUAAUGAAAUUUAUGAAGGUGACUUGAACUUAAUGGUUUUAGUUUUUUAAUUUGAUUUUAGAAUAUUUUUUCGUCUUUUGAUGUUUGUGAAUUGCAUUGGUGAUGAGCAUACCCUUGACAGUGUGUAAAAAGGCAGUGCUUUCCUUACCUUUUGGCUGUUUAGGUAUUCUCUCUCUCCUUCCCUUAGCUUGUGAUGGAAAAGUGAAGCGGAGUGGCUGAGUCACCUUCAGAUCUUGAUGACUUUUAAACAGCCAGCAGUCAUGUCAGAAGCACUGUCGUUUAUACAUAUUUCAAAGUUUGAAAACUGCAUAAAAUAUAUUGAAACAACUUUUUAUCUUUUGUCCCAUGGCACAUUUGCAUUGUUUGCAUGAGAAACAACGUAUGAGUUAACUUAAUUUCACAAGGAUACGAGUAAAUUUCUAUUCAAUUA